ACUGACUCAAUCAUAUGACCCAUUAUAUCUACCUUUUCAGUUUUCCCUUCUCACCCAUAGGUCCCUUCAAUUACUUGCACUAUCUCAGCAAAAACUCCAAUCCAUAAUAAUGUUCAGUCCCAACAACUCCACCACCAACCCCUUCGAACAACUCGCCGCCUUGGUCUCUCUUCUCAUACGACGGCAAUGUCAUGCUCGCCGCCUUGGUCUCUCUUCUUCUCGUCAUUCUCUUCGUCCUCAUCCUCCACAUCUACGCCAAGUGGCUCUUAGCUCAAGCCCACCACCGCCGCCGGGGAAGCUCUGUCACCGUCUCUCAGGUCCUCGGUCCCAACCGCUUCCAGAACUUCCACACCUUCACAUUGGACACAAACUCGGCCAACAUUAACAAUAUUUCGGGCUCUGGUUCAUCCAAGGGCCUCGACUCGAAAACCAUCUCCGCCAUUCCUUUGUUCGUGUACAAAACAGGGGAGUUGCCGGAGAUGGCGGAGGAGGAGAGUUGUAAAAAUGGGGUUUUGGAGAUGGAGUGUGUGAUUUGUCUGAGUCUGUUCGAGGACAACGACGUGGGGAGGAGUUUGCCAAAAUGCGGUCACUGUUUUCAUGUCGAGUGUAUUGAUAUGUGGCUGGGUUCUCACAAGAACUGUCCAAUUUGCAGAGCUCCGACGGUGGUUGAAACGACGUCAGAUCGGGUUGCGGGCGAAGAGGAAUCGGUUAUCAUUGAUGUUUUGGAUUCUGGGUAUGUUUCAAAUCGCGGUCUUGUUAAUGUUGGAGUGAUGGGUACUGAUUCCGAAUCGACAUCUUCGUCUUCUCCUUCGUCUUCAUCGUCAUCGCCAUUAAUGGUGGGGUGUUCACUGAAGAGAAUGCUGAGCAGAAAUAGGCCGGAAACUAGCAAGGUUUUCCCAACCACUAAUGGGCUUGACCAAGCAGAUGCUUGAGUAACUGUUGUAAGUUUUAACUUUCUCGCGUAACAGGACGUGAUUAACUUAAUAUAUUAUCACAAUGUCGUUCACCUUGCACGAUAAAAGUUCUUAUCGAGGAUCAGAGAGUAGAGAGAGGGUUCUGUGGUUGGUUUGUAAACCAAAUUUGUACAGAUUUCUAGCAAGUAUACAUCGAUUUUUUUUUUUGUCAUAUUUUUGGAGCGUAUCAGAAAUGCCUUUUGUUGACGUUAUUGAA